GAUGACCACACCAGAGCUCAGCUGGGAUGAGCUCUAUUCCACAUGCAACCCUUGUCCAUCUGACAAUAGCCAAUCCAACAUUAUCAUCAUCUCUGGGAUAACCGAAGAUCGAAAGGGGCAUUCGUAGUACAAAAUACACCAAGAUUGGCCUCUAGCCGUAUCUCCAAGACACAAGCGUGAUACCCCGCGCGUAAGGGACGGGGUUCGGCGCGGAUUAACAGUAUUCCGGCGAUAGCUUCCCUUUUUCUGGCUUUGGGGAAAAGAUCAACAAGUAAGAAAGCCGCUUCGGUCUGGAAAGGAACGGCCGAAUCCCCACAUCAGAGAGGAAUUAGCCGGCCUGAAGGGGCCGUGCUGUUUUCCAGAAAACUAAUUCUGGGGCUAGCAUUCUGGGCCCCGAUUCUGCGAAAAAGAUCAUACCCUUAACCAUCAAACUGAAAAGCAUCCCUCCAUAAACUUCCAUCUCACCAUGGCAAGCAGCAUGGAAGACCCCGCUUCCGCAUUCACGGCCCACACCUCAGUGCAGGCCUUCUCCGUCUCCCCGCCCGUCUUCCUAACUCGCCACUUCCCACCCCCCGGCUCCAGUGAUACCUCGCGGCCGCCUGCACCGGCCUUUCUUGCCACCGGCGCGAUCGUGUUUGACCGCUCACUCCCCAAUACCGAUUUCCCUCCUAGAUUAGCCGGCGCUGGUGCCCAACAUGAAGCCUCGACGCCUAACCCCAAUCCCGACUCCCCACGGCCAAAGUCAGAGACACCUCGAGUGCUGCUGGUCCAGCGAGCCGCGCAUGACACGAUGCCGCUCCGAUGGGAGACUCCCGGCGGCGGGUGCGACGACGACGACACUAGCAUUUUGCACUCGUGCGCUCGCGAGCUUUUCGAGGAAGCCGGCCUGCGUGCGACCGCCGUUGGGCCCUUGGUGCGGGUGGGCUUUGUCUCCGAUUCAGAGGGCGUCCGUGGUGACGGGCCAAGGAGCGAGGUCACAGCCGUGAAGGAAAAAGGGCAUGAAUGGGGCGAGGGCAUGGGUGGGGAUUUCUUCCGGACGAGGAGAGGGAAGCUGGUAUGCAAGUUUUAUUUCGUCGCGAUGGUGCCCGAGGAGCGGGUGGCUGAGGUGAUGGUUGACCCGAAGGAACACAUUGGCUAUGUUUGGGUGACUGAGGAGGAGGUGAGACAGAAGAAGGUGCAUGGGGAGGGUGGGACGGACUUGGAGUUUACCACGCAGGCGCAGUGGGAGGUGAUCUUGACGGCGUUUAAACUCUGGCAUGCUUAGGCACCUUGGUAUUUAUAGACGUCGGUAGGGUUUGCUAGGGGUGAGAUAUAGAAGGCGUUGAUGGAUUAGGAAUUACCGCCGUAUUGUAGGGCACUCGUAUUAUAGCUUAUCAGGCACUAGUUAUGUGGAAGAUGUAGGCGCAAUAAAGACAACAGCGGUGCGAUGCCCUUAGGUUCGCUCAGAGUUUCAUGGCUAUGCUCCAGAGACCAAUUCCAAAACUGAACGCC